CCGCUGCGUCUCUUGUAAUUUUAGGGAGUUCAAUCGUUCUUUCGUUUCUGUCUUUUGGAAACCUAAAUCGACGUGUUAACAGAAAAUGGCUGCUAAUCAAGAUUAUACAGAGGAUAUGGCCCAAGGAGACUUCAGCAAUGAAGGUUAUGGUGAUUUUCAAGAGCCGGAAUCGCAGCCGCAAGUGCAGGAAAAUGCUGAAUUAAAUGGUAACGAGGCAAUGGAAGAAACUACUAAUGGCGAUGGACAUGAGGAUUCCUCCUCCCAAGACCCGUUGGGGAAAGAUGAAGAUCGGAAACUCUUCGUUGGCGGUCUCAGCUGGGCUACAACAGACAAGGAAUUACGAGAGCAUUUUGGAAAAUACGGUGAAAUAGAGAGCAUAACGGUAAAAAUGGAUCCCCAGACAGGAAGAUCUAGGGGUUUUGCAUUUUUAGUUUUCAAGUCCGCCGAAAAUUUAGACAAGGUUAUGAAUGCCGGAGAACAUAUAAUUAAUGGCAAACGAGUGGAUCCAAAAAAAGCUAAAGCACGCUCUGGAAAGAUAUUUGUUGGAGGUUUACCUCAAGAUACCACUGAAGAAACUAUUCGUUCAUUUUUUGGAACCUUUGGAAAUAUUGUCGAAAUCGAAAUGCCAUUUGAUCGUGUUAAGAACCAACGGAAAAAUUUCUGCUUUAUAACAUAUGACAAUGAAAAUGUUGUGUUUGAUUUACUGAAGACACCCAAGCAAGUUAUCAAUGGUAAAGAAGUUGAUGUUAAAAAGGCAACGCCCAAACCAGAUUCCUUUGGACCACCAGCAAUGAGAGGUGGAAGAGGCGGUCCUGGUGGAAUGCGUGGUGCACCACGUGGACGAGGGGCAUGGGGCGGUUGGGGUGGUCAAGGCGGGUACGCUGCUGGAGGAUAUGGAGCUGGAUAUGCAGGAGGCUACGGAGGCGGCUAUGGUGGAGGCUACGGAUACGGCGAAGGAUAUGGAUACGACUACUACGGAGGCGGAUAUGAUUCGUACGGAGCUUAUGGUGACUACAGUUACGGCGGAUAUGGUUAAGAUUGAUUUUUAAAUGCGGUCAAGGUCAACAGUACAGCGGAGGUAAACAGCGUGGCGCUGGACGCCAGGCACCGAGGCAUCAACCUUAUUAAGAAUGUUAAUCAGUCGAUCCGGUCCUGCAAUAGAAAUGCCAUGUGUGUGUGUGUGUGUGUGUUUUUUUUUUUUUUUUUUUUCUGCUCCCAUUGACAGGACACUGUACAAACAGUUUUAUUGUCUGCACCUCUUUCUCAAUUUGGUAUAAACCUGUCUCAUUUUAUUUGUCACUCGAAACCAUCGAUCAACUUGAUUACAUUCUAAAUCAUUGGAAAAUACUCGGAUUACAUUUUUGUAAAUUGUU